GUUGUGAAAGGGGCAACUACCUGUAACUCUUCUGAGGAGAAGGUAAAAUGCUCUCUUAGACCUGUUAAAUCAUGUGUGAGACCACACAAAAGGGAGACUUUCUGCACCCUCUCUCUACAGUGCAACUGCAGUCAAACCUGGAGCUUUCUGCUAUUUAACCAAGGGAAGCAAGCAGGCUCCUGAGCAGGGAGAGCACAGUGGGUACUCAAACUCUGAACCAUGUCACUAGGGCCUGACAGUUAAUAUAUGAAUUUUAAAAUCUAGCAGAGUUGUUGCUGUAUGGAUCUGAACUUCCCCUUAGGUAAAAUGUUUACUGCUGCAUCAAAAAAUCUGCUUAGUUUAAGCCCACCUAAGCCCCAAUGAGCUGUCGUUGCAGCAGGAUGGCUGGAAGUCCCUUGGGAAGGAUCUGCAAAAGCAAGCCAAGGCAGGAUGAACCAUUCAGAGCCUCUUUAUGGUGUGUGUGUCUGUGCUAUCUUAGAGCAUUAUCAGCAGGGACGCAGGUGUAUGUGGUUUGCUUGGCAAUGGAGUUAAGAGCAACACUUCUCAUUUUCCAUUCCAUCACCUCUGGGAUUCAUGUGGUCAUCCCAGCAUGCAUGAGAAUUUCACUUAGCAGUUCCUGCAGCCCUUCUGGAAACGCAGCUGACUGUUUCUUGUGCACAGACACAGACCUGACCUUGUGCUUCAUGCAGACAACCAGGCACCUUCCCUUCCAAGCUCUGUCCAGCACAAGGGCCAAAAAGUGUCACCUUUAAGUCAAGUGUAACAUUUCAAGCACACAGAACACUUCAGUCUUCAAGGCAGUUUCUCAUUCUGCUUGUUAUUAGGAGCAAAUAGUCCCAUGGACAGCUGAAGAAGCACCACAUACUGUCUAAAAAAUUGUGUAAGAGGAGCCAUGAACUUUCAGUAAGGACAAGGGCAGGUUUCCAAUAACGAUUUCUGUUUUUAAAGUGGGGGAGUAGUGGGGAAUUCCUAGCCAUGGGUGUAUCCUUUACAGUUUCCUCUUUUGAAGGAUUUGAAUUGCUUAUAAAUACCCUCUUUGAGUCUGAGAGCACACGAGACCAUCUCCACUUCCUUUGGCUUUGCCUUUCUGCAGUGCUCUGUCUCAGACUUGGGCAAGUAACCAUGAGGCUCUGUGUCUGCCUCAUGUUGCUCUCCGUUAUUCUGUGUGUAAGUGCUGACAGAUUUGGACUGCGCAGAGCUGGACACUUUGUCCGGGAUGCAGCGGGAGGAACAUGGGAUAUGUACAGAGCAUACCGGGACAUGCGUGAAGCAAAUUAUAGAGGUGCUGACAAAUACUUCCAUGCUCGUGGGAAUUACGACGCUGCCCGGAGAGGACCUGGUGGUGCCUGGGCAGCGAGAGUGAUCAGUGACGCCCGGGAGGGAUGGCAGAGCAGCGUGAGCGGCAGAGGCGCCGAGGACACCCGGGCGGACCAGGAGGCGAACAGGUGGGGGCGGAGCGGCGGGAACCCGAACCGCUACCGCCCCAAGGGGCUGCCCAGCAAGUACUAGGGCUGUCCCCCUGCUGCUCUAACACCUCCCUUUGCCUUUGUACAUCAUCAUCAUCAUCAUGGCUAGGCUUCGCGAACGAAGAUUGGGAAGGGCUCUACCCACAUUUGCUACAAGCGCGCUGGUGACUAAAAAGUCUUUUUUAGCCUUUGUACAGCCGAAUAAAGAAAUCCUUCUGAAAACUG